ACAACACUCUCUGCAGUCUGGCCGUCACCGUGCCUAGGAUGGGAGUUUAUGGUGCCUGGAUCCGCAGCCACGCUGGUUCUCCUGUCCGAUGGUCAAUCGAUGAUAGGCAUGGCUAGUGCGGGGGAGAGGGCAGCUUGGGUUCGGCCGCGUGCAACUCUGAUUAUCUUGCAAGAGGGCUUGUCAAGCUUUCCAGCCUCUCGAGUCUUGACUUGUCCGCCACUCUCCAGAAUGUCGGUCGUCUCCGUCGCAAAGUCAGCUUGGCAUGUCGCUGGACCGCCAUCAUUCGCUUUUCGGCCCAUGAUAUCGUUAACUAGCCCCCCGCCAAGGAUGGGACGAUCAACAUCAAAGGCUCCUCAUCGUCUGGAUCGACCUCUAUAUCUGUCGCACCAGGACCCGCCAUUGAAAGCCAUGACGCGGAGUUCCAUAGCCAGGAGCGUAGCUGCUAGACAUGACGAACAAGUCUAUUCGCUACUCGAUCGGGGCAGGGGAUCUUCCGGCUUUGCUAGGGCAUGCACUUGCACUCGCCCAAACGCAAAUAUAGCCGAUAGAACGUAUAAUCGUGUUGCUCUCCCCGCACAUCAGCCCGUCGCCGAACUUGCCGUACGAAGACCGGGAUUUGGUUUGUUGCUGACCUCACAUUACACUUGUACGGUAUCUGGACGUAUUGCACACCCGAAGAGCCCCUUGCGCCUCUUGUUGUUACUGUGCACAGAUACCCCGGCUCUCGGGACAGCGGCGACGUGGCAGCAAGCGGCUCGGGCGUAAUAGAUCACGAAGCAUCGUGUGUCUUUGCAUGAGCUCCUGAAGGGGGUUCAGAUGCUGUUGGCGGUGUACAAGUAGUCGUCGAUGAGCUUGCAUAGUGCCGCAAGGGAGGACUAGGCCCUGCCACUUCACCCCAAGAGCAACGCGGGAGACUAAGAAUCCCAGGGUUUAUUUUCCAAGCUCCUCGCAAAGCGACGGCACUGCAAAGCCUCGGUCAGAUAGAUGUUGCAUCGAAAGUGGGAUUAGGAAGUGGCCAUUGAAGGGGGCCGCUGUCAUGUUGUUUUGGUGUAACCUUUCGCGGCUACGACAACAACUCGUGUGUGUGUGCGUGUUUGUGUGUUACGAAGCCAAUGUCUGGAUCUCUCGGGAAGCCUGAAAACUGUGAAACCCUGAUAGUCCCAUCCCCCAACUAACACAUGGAUACGAC